AUGAAGUCAACCCUGCAACCCUCUUCAGGGAGAAAUUACUGUCUAAUUGUAGGUGAACAUGGAACAGGAAAGACAACUUUGAUUCGAAAAACCAUAUUGAAUCUCCAAGAGCCAAAGGGUGUUGUCCUUUUUGAAUGUCCUACAGAUGCAAAGGCAUUUGCAACCAAUUUGACAAGACACCUAGAUUGUGAGUUAUAUCCGUCGAAGCUUCGAGAUAUUAUCAUGCAGUGGAUUACUAAUAUUACUAAUGCAAUAAGAAAAGAGGAACAUCCAGAAUAUCCUACUUGGAAUCUUUUGAAAGAGUACCUUAUCAACACUGCCUUUUGCUACAGACGAGAAUAUAAACGCCCAAUGGUUUUGGUUCUUGACCAAGUAGACCGCAUUGCUAAGAAGGACCAAGAAUUUCUUGGGAUACUCCAAGAUUUUGCAAAGGACUGCGCAGAUAAACACGCACUUGUCAUUAUAUUUGUCGCAAGUGAAGGCUUGGUCACGCAACUCAUGCGAUCAAUUAUUCCCUUAGAAGUUGGUGAUAUCUCAGAUAAAGAAGCCGUAAAAUUACUUAAAGAUUCUGGUACUGACCAAAAAACUGCUGAAGAUGCGGUGAAAUACCUGACCGGUGGACGGUUUGCUUUAUUGACUCAGUUCCAAUCAUUGAGUCGAUAUCCUAAAAUUUUGUUUGAAGAAUUCAAGGAGCAACUGUUCACGCAGGUUAAGAGAGAUUUGGAUAUGGUGGAACUUCCUGAAAACCAUGAAUCUUUCAUAAAGCUUAUCGAAAUACAUCGUAUUGGCAUUCAGCAAGCUAAAACAAUUAUACCUCUCAACAUGCUUCGCAAACUUGUCAAGGCUAACAUUCUCAAAGAACAUCAGGACUACACAGUGUCCUUUCAUUCACGUUAUAUCGAUACCUACUUUAAAGAGGUAAUUCUUGCUGACAAUAUUGCGAUUUGA